GACAACAACAAAACGUCGGCGAGUUCUUUUAGCUUGAAAUCGCGGGUUUUUACUUAAGUUAAACAAUCAUUAAUGAAAAAGUAAGAGCUCACGAUGGAGAAAGAACCAGAGAUAAUAACUUUGGACGAUAGUGUGGUAUCGGAAAAAUCAUCGACAGAGAUGUCAAACGACAGUAUUGUUUUUAUUGACCAAAACAUGGAUAAUAACCUGUCCAUUCAAGAGGUCGACGACUCCUUCACCAAACCGGAGGAUCCUCUUCUAGUCGAAGAAGGAGAAUUAAAAGAAACUGAGGAACCUGCAUUCCAAAUUAUUUUCAGAGAUGAGAGGUCCAUCAAAAACUUUAAAGAUAAAAUUGAAAAUUUUUUCAAAAACACACUACUAUCCAAGACGAAAAAAGAAAACAUUCGAAUUUCUAUGGAAAAUUUAACACUAGAAAUUUACGACAAUGGAGUCUGUAACGAAGAUUUCGAAAAACAAAUUGAUGAUAAUACGUCGAAUGACGAUAAAAACACGGAUGACUGCUUAUUUUUCACAGGAAAUGAAACUGGAAAUUUCACCCUUGACAUUCCUUUAUAUGAAAAGACAACCCAAAAUCCUAUGAAAGAAACAGACGAUGAUGAAGAAGAAGUCAAGAAGAACAAUUUCACACCAAAAAUGUCUUGUUUCAAUUGCCUUGGAAAUCAUAGUAUGCGAGAUUGUGAUCAACCCAGAAAUCCAGCAGCUAUAAAUAAAAAUAGAAAAGAAUAUAAUCUCAAAAAAGGUUCGGGUUUAAGAUAUCAUAUGGAUGACGAACAAAAGUUUGGACACUUUUCUGCAGGUGAAAUUAGUUCUAAUUUACGUGAAGCAUUGGGUAUUGAAGAAUCGGAGCUUCCUGUACAUAUAUACAGAAUGAGGCAGUUGGGAUAUCCACCGGGCUGGUUGGAGGAAGCUAGAUUGCAACAUUCGGGUCUAGCUGUAUAUUCAGAUGGAAAUGUUGAUCAUGGAUCGGAUGAAGAAGGAGAAAUAAUUUUACCAGGCGACAAGGACAAAUACGAUAUUAAAAAAAUUAUAGACUUUCCAGGAUUCAACAUUCCUUCUCAUCCUGGAAUACAAGAUGAAUGUAAUGAAUAUUGGGGUUCCGUUGUUCAAGUAAAUAAUAGCAAAGAGACAAUGCUUUCACGUUUACAACAUAAAAAAGCAGAUGACGGAUACAAACGAAAGAAGUUAUCUCUUGUUCCUAGUCGAAAAUCUAAUAGUACAUCAUUAAAUGCUGGUGAUAUGGAAAUUGAGCAAGCAGAAGAAACAUUAGUAGAAUGUGUUCCUGCUAAUGAUCUAUUUGUACCUCCACUACCAAAAGAUGGAAAUCCACUUCCUCCGCCUCCACCAGAAGACGUAAAUGUUGCAGAAAUUGAAAAUGAAAUUGUUGAAAAUAAAAAUGAUAUAAAGGAAUAUCCAUCAAGUCUUUUAAAGAGCACUAAUGAUCUAGAAAAGGAUUCAAGGACCGAUUCACCGUCAUUACUUGAUUUGGAGAGCAGAAAAAAACAAUUGCUGGCAGAAUUAGAAAAAUCAAAUCAAUCUUGCUCAGAUUUAGAUACAUCUCAACAAUCAAAUAUUAAUACAACAAAUGAUACAUCUCAAAAGUCAAAUGUAGAUGAAUUGAAUAUUUCUCAACAAUCAAUUACAGAUGAGUUGAAUACUUCUCAACAAUCAAAUAUAGAUGAUUUGAACACCUCUCAACAAUCGAAUAUAGAUGUUUUGAACACUUCUCAACAAUCAAAUACAGAUGAAUUGAAUAAUACGUCUCUGUACUCAAACGCAGAGAGUUCUAGUGAUUUGAAUAGUACUGGCAUUGAAAAUACCUCAUCAAUUGAAGGAGAGAGUCAUCUUAAAGACAGUACUCCUAAAAAUGAAUCGAUAUUGCCACCAAAAUUUGUUAGUAAAAUUACAAACAAAGUAAUGUUAGGUACUCCAAUAUUAAAAAGUUGCUCGCCCUACAAACGAUUACCGACGGCUGAGAAAUUUUCAAAAGACAUCUGUGAUGUAAUAAAUUUUGAAAACUUACCAGAUUCUACUGGUAAAUAUGAUCAAAUGGUCGGAGUCUUGGAAAAAGUUAGACGAACAGUCUCCAAAUUACAUAAAGAGUAAAUGUGUUUCAUUGAUUUCUAAUCUAUAUUGUACAAUAUUAAUAGAGAAAUUUCUGUAUAAAAGCAAUUAAUUUUUUCAUUUAUACUCAAAAAAUGCUUUUAUAAGCAUUUCAAAACGCAAAUUGAAUAUAUAAAAACA